AUGCGGCGAAAUGGCAUCAAACUACCAGGUAAGUAGUUGUGGAAGGCAGUUUUCAACGGCGAUUUGUAGCCGCGCUUUGUAUUCGCAAGAGUUUCAAAUGUUUUUUUGUUGAGAGGAAAAUGCAAUUUUCGAAAGUUUACAAGGGCAUAGAAUGUUUUACUGGGCGAGAGUUGUUUACGAGAUAAACGUUAUUUAUAAUGUAGAGUUGGGGUUGAGAAAUACGUUUUUGCGCAUGGUCCGGGGUGACUUUUAAGGUGACUUUUCAGAUAUUCCGAGGCAAAGCUGGACGUACUGCGUUGGUUUAUAGGCUUUUUGAUGUUGAUUGUUUCUGCAAAGCGCGAGCCAGGAAUCGAGCAAUGUUCCACCAUGUCUUCUACGUCGUAUUUUACCCUGAUUACCGCGACUUUGGACUUUUAUCAUCCCUUGACCAAAAAAUAUCGGUUCCUCCACAAAAUGCGAGCUAAAUCUUUUGUAUGUCUUACCAAACUCUAAUUCAAAUUCAAACCAAGUUUCAUAAAAAAAUGAACUUUCACUUGAAGUUUGCUUUUACGCAAGUUAUACCAAUUGCUCCGCAAAGAUUGAAAUCAAAUAUUUACAUACUAGUAUGUAUUUUCAUAAAGUCCAUGGACAUCUCGUUUUGUUGUGUUGCGAUUUUGGAAGCGGAAUUGUGCUCAUUAUUUUCCCGACAGGCUGAUAUUUGUAUUUUCAUAAAGUGCAUGGACGUUUUUUCGGGGCCCGAAUCGUGCAAAAAAACCGCCAUUUUUUCACCGUGCAUUUCACUUUUUUUUGGGUGUUCGCAUUACCCAUUUGAAAUAUCGCUGCGGCAAAAGCAAGUUUAAGCUACUGGAGUGCCUGAAAUUUGCACACUGCAAACGUACGAAAAGAAAGAUCUACUGUGCGUCAAACUGAGAGAACCUAAAACGGUCCGGUGAAUGGAUUGGCAAUCGCUAAAGAAAGACGCGAAAAAACCUUUUGUCGGGGAAGAAAUGGGGAGAUUUUGGGGCGAGAGAGUAUGCUUUUGCGCGUCUUUUCUUUGUUUCUCUGCGAAAUCAAGAUGAAAUGUAAAAACCCGAUAGCGAAGGGUCUAUGCCGGUCACCGGACUCUUCUGUUUGACGUGCACUGUGCGUUAGCGACAGGUGUGGGAAAAAGUGCAAUAUGCACUGUGCGGAAGGGAAAAAAAUUUCCACGAAUUUUAUGAAGAUAUCAGUCUGUCGGGAAAAUAAUGAGCACUCUGUCGCAUCGAAAAUCGCAGAGAAAAUGAAUUGUGUCGCGGAGAAAAUCAAACCGCUUUUUCAGCGACGCGAUUGCCGCAACGACAUUCUGCUCAUUAUUUUCCCGACAGACUGAUAUACAAAACCCUAAUAUACCAUCUUAUACUAUAAUAUUUUGUAUCAGCUGACCUUCCCCCUCACCGCAUGGCUUCUCAAGAGCCCUGUAAACAGCUUCAAUUUGCCGCAAAUUUCACUGUCAUUACGGCGAAUAACAGGUCCCUCAAUUCUUGACAUAAGUGGAAAACCUCGCACAUUUUGUUUGUAUUUCGGGUUGUUUUCGCGCCCGACGCCUCUAUUUUUGUCAACGAAAGUAUAUUUUCGACGCCGCAUAGAAGCCUUUCAUUCCCCGUGGCCUCGCAUUUCUUUUGGCCUCUAAUCCCGCCGUUACGUCGCAAAUUAUUGAAAUUAUUGCGUAUUUUAGGGAAGGGCCACUUCGCAACGUGCGUUGGGCAAAAAAUUUUACUUCGAUGUAAAAUAGGAGUAGCUUGAUUUUGAGUAUCAUACAUUGGCUGUCGGGAAAAUAAUGAGCACUCUGUCGCAGCGAAAAUCGCCGCCAAGAAAAUGAAUCGUGUCGCGGAGAAAAUCAAAUUUCUUUUCACUUCAGCGACUCGCAGCGACACUGUGCUCAUUAUUUUCCCGACAGACUCUAGCAAUGGAAAAAUGCGGAAAAAUUUAGAAAAAAAAAUUGAUUCUUCUACGAAAAAAUCACUAAUUAUAAAUACAUUUUUAAUUAUUUUUUGAUUAAAAUCCCACUCUUAAACUGCUCAACAAAAAGGUAAAAUACGAUGAUUGAAAAAUAAAUGGUGACUUGGCACAAAUUUAGAUUAUUUUUUUCUAACAAUCAGGCUUAUUCCAUACUCCUGGCUCGCAUUUUGCAGAAACGACCGAGAUUUUUCAGUCGAAAGUUGGAAAAAAUAAGAUAUUUUUUUGCGAAUUUUUCCAUGAAAAGUUUCAUGCCUAUUUCUACCAUAGAGGAUAAUUUUCCCACAAAAAAAAUCAUUUUUUCCGCACGAGACUGGCAAAGAUACGGCCAUAAAGAGCUUUUCUUUCUGUCUGCUCAUACUCUCAAAAUCUAAAUUUUGUUAUCAAAAAGUAUCAAAUCGCGUAAAACCGAUUUUUUUAUUUGAAAUUUUUUGUGUUUUGGUUGAAUAAAGUGCCGUUGACAACAAAAAAAGUUUUUUUCAAUUAAUGAAACGAUUAAAAUUCUCUGUUUUCCCAAUGCUCUUGGAUACUUUUUGAUACUUUUUGACACCUUUUGACAUCAAAAUUCAUUUUUUCGGAAACUUUUUAUUCCAAAAAUUGUUCCCCUUUAAAUAUUAUAAAAGCCUUUUUCCCAUUUUUUUUCUCCCACCAAGUUUAGCACAACUUUGCCACUUCGCUCCUACCCCACAAUUAAUAAUAAUCCAUGUACUCUAAUUACCUCGGGUAUAUUUGAAUUUUCACUGGAGGAGCGUCUAAACUUCCCUAAUCCGCGGGCAAAUCCUCUCUAAUCCCAUGUGGGUAUAAUUCCAGGUAAAUUCGAGUGUCAAGAUUUUUACUACAUUUUACUGGGAAAAGUGUCAAUUUUGCGUAAUUUUCGACUUUUUAGAGGCAAAAUUGCACAUCUAAAUGUGAGAAUAUACGUAUUUUUGAAUCUUUUGCCGAUUUUUGAGGUUUUUAAGCAAAAUGAAAAUUAUGCAAAUUUCCAAAAAUUUGCAUAAAAUUUGCAUAAAUUAAGAAAAAAAAUUUAAAACUGAUUUUUUGCGAUUUUUAACUUUUUUUUGUAAAAAAUUCGGACUAUGCAGUUUUAUGCAAAUAAAAAAAUUGCAUAAAUUUUCAUAAUUUUAUAAAAAUUCAACUGGCUUCUAAAAAUCUCAUUUAAUUCUUUUUUUCACUUUUUCUCGAAAAAAAUUAAAUUUAUGCGAAUAAAAAAAUUAUCACAAAUUUUGAAUAAUUUCAGUUAUCAUGCAAGACCCCGAGUUUGAACGGGCCGUCCGGUAUUUUCAAGACAACCCGGACAAGUUGGAGGAAUUUAUAACCGGCCCAAACUACAUUUCGAACGAAACAUUUCAAAGAUGGGCCGCCGAAAGACAUCAGCAGCUCAAAUGGAAGACCGAGAGACGGCAAUUACUGACCUCAUACGUGGUAAGGAAACUGUGGAAAUUAGCCGAGCGUACUUUGCAAUUUGGAAGGGAGAACGUGCUACUAGGCGGGCAAAAAACAGUAGGAAGGUGCCCACAGUUUUUUUGCAAGUUCAGCUCUUUGGGUACCGUUGAAGGGCAUCUUAAUCAAACAGCUUUUGGCAAGGGAUCAUAGACGCUAAAUUAAUGAAUUAUUGACAAGCGUUUUCAUAAGAGCAUGGGCAUUGUAUGACAUAUCAGUCUGUCGGGAAAAUAACGGCGGGUCUUCGCAGCAAAAUGUCUCGCCUCGCCGCUAUCUCGCACCAAAUCCCCCCUAGACUGAUAUCAGCCUGUCGGGAAAAUAAUGAGCACAGUGUCGCUGCGCCAAUUGCGUCGCUGAAGUGAAAAGCACUUUGAUUUUCUUUUCUCCGUGACGCAAUUCAUUUUCUCGGCGGCGAUGCGAUCUUCGAUGCCACAUAGUUCAUUAUUUUGCCGACAGACUGAUAUGAAAUACUAUAAUAAUUCUCGCCGUAAUUUCCUACUUUUAUUUCAGACCCCAGCCGGCCGAGCGCAAGCCCUUCAUGCCCUAGCCGCGUGGUCCAAGGAGCCGCGCCGCCUUACGUACGAACUCGGCGUUACGUGCGCCCAGCUGUGCCGUUGCAGCGACUUCGAGGUCCUGAUCCCGAUCUCGAAGCCGGUCAAGAAGCGGACGGCGUCCGUGUCCGACAGCGCGACGCAAAGUAGCAACGAGAACGAGGAGAAUGGAGAUUUCGGGUCCAUGUGGAGGAAGUUGGUCCUCAUCGACGGCCAGAUGCUGUUGCGGCGGCCGAGGGCGAACCGAAGGCCUUCUCGGUACAUUCAGCGGCUGAUCGAUUGCAAUGACAAGUUGCUGGGUAGGUUGGAAAGACAAAUACCAUCGGAUUUUAAUGAAUUGCGGAUAAAUGGAUGGAUCAGCCUGUCGGGAAAAUAAUGAGCACUCUGUGGCAUCAAAAAUCGCAUCGCCGCCGAGAAAGUGAAUUGUGUCGCGGAGAAAAUAAAAUAGCUUUUCACUUCAACGACAUGAUCGGCGCAACAAAAUUGUGCUCAUUAUUUUCCCGACAGAGUGGAUAUGAAAUUUUGCCUCAAAUUUACAAGGGAAAUACUCCAAGUGCUACGCUCACAUUUUUUUUCCUUGAAAUUUUGCAGACGCGCGAGGCAUAGCCCACUUAUAAAUAGAUGACUAAAAAUUUCAGCUCGCAAUGUUCAAAGACAGCCCAGAUAUUGAACGAUCUUUGUGGCCGAGAGAGUACGCAAAAAGCGGAGAGUGGUCGGAUAGAAAACCCCCUUUUUGCCCAUAUCUUUGCUAGUUUUAUGCGGAGAAAAUUGGUUUUUUGUGGAAAAAUUUCGCUUUUCGGUAGAAAUAGGCGCAAGGCUUUUCAUGCCGAAAUUUGCGAAAAAAUGGCACAUUUUUUGAUAUCUUUUGAGCCAAAAAAUCUCGAUGUUCCGAGGCUCCACUGUACACACCGUUUCCAUUUUGCAUUUGAAUACAGUGGCGGAUCUGAUCUAGUGGUAAAAACGUACCAUUUUGUAUCCCGGAAGAACCAAAAAUGUGGCAAAAUACCUCCAUUUCCAAGUGAAAGACUCCGAUUUCAGAAGCGCGCCCAAUCUUUUUGUGAGGGAAGUUUUUUUACUUGGAGAGGGAGGUAUUUUGCUGCAUUUUCGAAACUUCCCGGAUGCAAAAUGGUGCGUUUUUUGCCACUGGAUCCGGUCCGCCACUGUAGUCUUCUUUCAGCUGAAAUCCACUUCUACACAGACAUCAACGACCGCGACGCGCAAUACAUGAAUGUUCUGAGCAAUUGGGGUAGCACUAUGAUUCAUUUCACCCAGGUAGAUAACUUUUAAUCACAGUUUUUUGGAUCCAUUUUUAGGUAGUAACCAAACUCCAAGCGCCCACCUUGCCCUAUGAAAACGAAAAGUCCCGGGAAAAGCAAUACAAACGACUGGUCGAUUUCCUCCUGGAUGUGGUCAAGUCCAUCUUCCAGGACAUGAAUACGAUGGACUCGGUGAUCCUGAAGAUUAUGCAUUUUGCGCAGCGGUUGGUCGAAGCCGACCGGGCUUCGUUGUUUUUGGUCGACUCGAAACGGGGCGAGUUGUACGCGCAAAUGUUCGAUAUCAAAAUGGAAGAGGCCAACGCGGAGGACGAAAGUCAAAGGGUCGAAAUAAAGUAGGCAAAGGGGCGGUGAAAUAUGCGAAUAAAGCGCAAUAUUUAGGCUAAAAUAUAUUAGUAUCACUCUGUCGGGAAAAUAAUGAGCACUCGGUCGCAUCGAAGAUCGCAUCGCCGCCGAGAACGUGAACAUGUCGCGACAAACUAAAAUUAAUUUUCACUUCAGCGACGUGAUCGGCACCGCGAAAUUAUGCUCUUUAUUUUCCCGACAGACUGACCGUACCUUCACAACGUUGGCUUUUUUGCACAGUGCACGCCUCAAAAAGCCACUUGCAACGAAAAAGCUUACUUUGUAGCGAUACUUUUAUUGACGUGCAGGAGGGGUUUCGGACCGCGACAGAUGUCGAAGCAUGGUUUCCAACUGCUUGCAACCGCGCAAAAACUUCCCAAGACUUUUUCUUGGACCGCCUAUUAUUCUGUCGGGAAAAUAAUGAGCAUAAUUUUGCUGCGUCGAUCGCGUCGCUGAAGCAAACAUUGAUUUGAUUUCGCCGGGACAACAUGCAUUUUCGACGAUGCGAUUUUACAUGCGACAGUGCGCUCAUUAUUUUCCCGACAGCCUAUUAUAUCGAGUUUUAUUACAGAUUCCCAAUAAACAAAGGGAUUGCGGGCUACGUGGCGAGAACCGGGCAAGGUCUCAACAUUUCCGACGCUUACAAAGACAAGCGAUUCAACCCAGAAGUGGACACUCAAACCGGCUACAAAACGAAGACAAUCUUGUGUAUGCCAAUUUUUAUGAGAGGACAGUAAGUCGUUUUUUUGGUCCGACAUAGCCCAAAUUGUCCUAUUUUCCACUUAUCGGUUUGUUGGGGAAAUAAUGUGGAUUUGUCGCGCCUUGGAAUCCAUCAUCGUUUUUCGACGGCCGGACUAGAUUUUUGGGCACUUUUCAGGCUGACAGCGCUAUAAAACCUGUCCAUCGUUCCGUCGGGAAAAUAAUGAACAGUUUGUCGAUCCGCCAAUUGCGUCGCUGAAGUGUAAAGCAAUUUUAUUUUCUCCGCGACACAAUUCAUUUUCUUGACGGCAAUUUUCUCUACGACAAGUCCACAUUAUUUUCCCGACAGACUGAUAACGGUUUUUUACUGACCUGUAGAGUAAAAAAAUUAAAUUUCAGUGUGAUCGGAGUGGUGCAAAUGGUCAAUAAACAUGCUGGAACCUUCACAGAUGAAGAUGAGGACAAUUUCGAAACGUUCGCCGUGUUUUGCGGAUUGGCUUUGCAUCAUGCAAAACUGUACGACAAGAUCCGCAGAUCCGAGCAGAAAUAUCGAGUAGCAUUAGAGGUGUUGGCCUAUCACAGCGUCUGCAAUCGCGAUGACGUCAUGAAAAUCAAACGAAUCAAAAUCAGCGAAAAUGUCCCGGAGCUGGAUCGGUGGGUUUUUUUUGUGAUGCGUACAGCAUCAUAGGGUAAAUUGGGUUAUGUUAUGAUGACGAGUUCUUAUUUGUAUUUUCAGCUUCGACUUCAACGGCUACACUUUGACGGAGCUCGAAAAGCCGUUGUAUGCGGUCUACAUGUUCAAGACGCUUUUCAAGGACUUUAUGUAAGUCGUCAAGGCUUACAAGGAUCUUUCUUUUGGAACUGGGACGGUUGGGGAAACCGGAAAGUAUUAUUUUUCUUUGAUGCAACUGUCGAAAUUAUGUUGGAUAAUCGAUGGUGCUGACUUCGAAAUCAUUUUAACUUUUCCUCUAGUACUAUAUAGUACUAUAUGAUACUAUGGAGUACAAGGUGGAAAUAUGGCUUUUGACGUUAAUGUUGUUGUUUUGAUGCUUAGCACUCUUCAAAAACACGUUUUAAACUCUUGGUGCUAUUUAGUACUAUCUGAUACUAUGUAGUACGAGGUGAAAUUUGGUCUUUAUGCGUUAGUGGUGUUGUUCUGGUGCCUAGUACUGCUAUUUUCACCUCGUACUAUAUAGUACCAGGUUGUGCUAAAUAGCACAAAGUCUUUGUGAGAGAUGAGAAAAACACUUUUUGGCCGUAUCUUUGUCUCCUUUGCAUAGAAAAAAUUUAUACUUUUCGAAGAAAUUGUUUCAACUACGGUUGAAACAGGAGACUAAACUUUUCAUGCCAGAAUUCAAAAUAAAAGGUUACGGUCUGUAUACUUUUCCGACCUAAGAAUCUCGGAGAUUUCCGUAAAACGCAGUCUAGUAAUUUCGCAUAUCUCUCAGAAAAAAAUAAUUUAAAUUUGCGCCUAGUUUCUCCAAAAUCUGAGCUUCACACUUUGAGUACUUCCCUUUUGAAGGCCGGCGGUACACUCUUACAUAUCAGUUUGUCGGAAAAAUAAUGAGCGCUCUGUUGCAUCGAAAAUCGUAUUUCUGCCGAGAAAAUGAAUUGUGUUGCGGAGAAAACCAAAUUGCUUUUCACUUCAGCGACUCGGUCGGCAGCGACAUUGCGCUCAUUAUUUUCCCGACGGACUGAUUUUCGCAUCUUUUCAGACAAAUCGAACCGGACGACGUGAUCCGCUUCGUAUUGACGGUUCGAAAAAAUUACCGAAUAGUACCAUAUCAUAACUGGACGCAUGGCUGGACGGUGGCGCACGCCAUGUUUGUGUUUCUCAGGAAGACCACCAUAUUUGAGCCGCAUGAAGUGAGUUGUGGUGGGAUCAGUCUGUCGGGAAAAUAAUGUGGAUUUUUUGCGGCUUGGAAUCGAUCAUCAUGGCUUUACCUCGACUCGGAGAUUCGACGGGCGACUGCGACGAAAUGAGAUAUUUUUCUGCGACAAAUCCACAUUGUUUUCCCGACAGAUUUUUUAUAGUACAGUUAUGUAAGAUACUAUUAAUGCUAAGUGAGCCCCCAUAUUCCUUAAUUUUCCAGGCUCUUGCCCUGUUUGUUGCCGCAAUUUGCCACGAUUUGGAUCAUCGGGGCAAGAACAAUGCCUACAUGAAGACAAUGUCCACACCACUUGCCGCAAUCUACUCAACCUCGGUGAUGGAACACCACCACUUCAAUCAGACCGUCACCAUCCUCCAACACGACGGACACAAUGUGCUGAGGUCGCUGCAGCCGGCGGACUACAAGAAGGUUUUGGGCGCGAUCAAACAACACAUUUUGGCGACCGAUUUGGCUCUGUUUUUCCCGAACAAGGCUAGAUUGAAUGAGCUGGUGGCAAAGGGAGAGUUCACUUGGCAGGAUCCGAGUCAUAGGCAAGUGGGACUUGAGACAGAUGAGAUUAGGGGCAAAAAGUUUCAAAAAGUAUCCGUGAUACUUUCUGAUACUUUUUGGAAAAAAACCUUAUAUUUUGUUUAAAAGCAGCGUUUCUUAUAUUUUCGCUUUCAAAACGGAUUGUCUCCAAAAAAAAUCAAAACAGACAAUGUGGUUUUGAAUUCCCAUGGUCUGGAAAUUUUGGUUUUAGAGUCGAAAACGACCUUCGUAAGCAGCAAAUAUGGAAGAAAUUCGAAAUAUGACAAUUUGCUGUAAAAAGUGUCAAAAGUAUCAUGGAUAUCUUUUGAUACUUUUUCGAAAAAACGCACGUCAAGGCAAAAUUGAAAAAAAAGUCCUAGCAAAAAACCUUGGCAUUCCGUUUCAGCUAGGUUUUUCUUUUAUACUUUCUCUCACACCAUAUUGUAGGAUUCUCGCUCAAGCCUUGCUAAUGACGUCUUGCGACCUGGUAGCCACGGCCAAGCCUUGGCAAGUCCAAACCGAAACCGUCAAGGUCAUCUUCGAGGAGUUUUAUGAGCAGGUAAGUUAGUAUAUACGUUUUUCCAAAAGUGCGUAGACUGUCCUUAGAAGGUCUUGCGUAGAAGGUCGUACCGUGGUAAAACCCCCAUUUGCAAUAAAAAAGUUUGUUAUAGAGAGAUCUUACACAACGGUUUUGAAAGACUCUUCUUACACAUCAAAACCUCUCUAUAACGAACAGUUUCAAAGGUCAUCGUUUUUCGGCCAAAAUUCACCUUCGUUGGACGAAAUGGUUUUAUCAAACUGUCGGGAAAAUAAUGAGCCCUCUGUCGCAUGAAAAUCGCAUCGCCACUGAGAAAAUGAAUUGUUUCGCGACAAUAUCAAAUUGCUCUUCAGUUCAGCGACGCGAUUGGUGCAGCUAUUAUACAUUGCGCUCAUUAUUUUCCCGACAGACUUAUAGAAUUGAAAAAAGCGUAGCAAUGUACAUUUAUUACAUCUUCAGGGAGAUGCGGAACGUCUGAACGGACGAGAUCCCCAGCCAAUGAUGGAUCGAAGCCAUGCCAAUGAACUGCCUCAAAUGCAAGUGGGAUUCAUCACUGGGAUUUGUGUUCCAUGCUAUCAAGCCAUCUCCCAGGUGGUCCCCGAAGCCGAUGAGUUGAGGGAGAGGUCCGAGUAAGCUCCGAUAUCUUCUAACUAGUAUCGUUUUAGAUACAACCUAAAGAAAUGGAAGGAACUUGCCGAAGAACAGGAGCAAAAGAAGCUGCAGGAGAAUGGUGGUGGAUAA